GCGGAUGACAAGGAUAGCGUAAAAGACGCACUAAGAGCUUGGAAACUUUCGGAGUCAGGGCCUGCCAGCCUAUCGGGUAAUCUGAUGGAUAUCUAGAGGGAAUUUUCUGAAGUGCAUAUAUUAAUAAGCUGCUUCAUUUUCCUCUUCAUGCUGGACACUGGAUUAUGCAAGUUACCCCGCAUCGUGUCUUGUUUCUAUCAGGUGAGGUAGGCAAUUUUCACGGGCAGGCUUACUAUAAAGGCGCCUCGUAUGUAGAUCUUGUUAUCAUCAGCUCUGACCCUUACAGGAAGACCAUUCCAAUAUCAUGUCGGUUCCAAAAAAGGUGUUAGAGACAUUCAUUCAGAAUUUCAACAUACCUAAAGCAAAAUCGAAACUCUCCGCUGAAAAUGCCGGAGGAAGGCUCUUUCCGUCGAGAAAUACCAAAAACGAUGCAGCAUCCAAUUUUCGAGCUGACCAAGGGUCUCCGUACACGAAUGACCCUGACACUUUCUCGGUCAACGUGCAAGCAAACGCGAACGCCUCAAAUACCUCUGUCAGAAGAUUCGCAGAAAAAAAUCCAGACAAGAAACUCUUCGCAUUUCCUAUGAAGAAGGAUGAUACUGAUGAAGAUGUGAAAAAUAAAAUGAUUGACGCAGCAAAAUCUGGAGGUUAUUUAUAGUUGAAAGUUCUUGCAUCUUCCUGCCUGCUCAUG